AUGGCGAAAAAAGGGAAGGGAAAGAAGAGUGGGAAGAAGGACAAGGGGGGAAAAGGAACGCGUACCCCCGUUAUGGUCGAUGGCGUCGCUGCCGAGGAAAUGUCACAGGAGCAGCUCGUCGAGCACGUCGGCCGAAUGCGAGAAGAGUUAGACCGUGAGCGAGAGGAAAGAAACUUCUUCCAGCUUGAGCGCGACAAAAUCCACACUUUCUGGGAGAUUACCCGCCGCCAGCUCGAGGAGCGAAAAGCCGAGCUUCGAAACAAGGAUCGCGAAAUGGAAGAAGCCGAGGAGCGUCACCAGGUCGAGAUCAAAGUGUACAAGCAGAAGGCGAAGCAGCUUCUGUACGAGCACCAAAACAGCUCCGCCGAGCUUCGAAUGAACAACACCAAUGCGCUGAAACAACAAGCGGCAGAAGUGACUGCUCAUGAAAAAGUUCUGCGUGACGAGAAAAAGGAGCUCAAGGUCGAAUUGAGAACUGCCGAGCUCUCCCACCAGGAGCACGUCAAGCAGCUCGUCGGCGAUCACGACCGAACGGUGACCGACUUGCGCGAAUCCUUUGAGAAUCGGUCAGAAGAAAUCGUCUCCAAGUUCGAGCGAAAGAUGAAGGAAGAACGCGAUAUUCUUGAACUUCGCCGAAAAACGGAAAUUCACGAGAUCGAGGAGCGUAAAAAUGGGCAGAUUCAAGCAUUAAUGAAGAACCAUGAGAAGCAAUUUAGCGAUAUCAAGAACUACUACAACGAUAUCACGCUUAAUAACUUGUCAUUAAUCAACACGCUAAAGGAACAAAUCGAGAAGAACAAGAAAAAAGAGGAUCAGCUCGAGAAGAACAUGUCCGAGGUCAUGAGCCAAAACCGAAAACUUGUUGAGCCUUUGAAAAGGCACAGGAAGAGAACGAGGAGCUCUCCCGACAAAUGGCAAAUUAUGAAAAGGACAAGCGAUCGCUGA